UAAUACGAGCACGAGCCAUGAUAACAAACUUUUAGCUUGCAUAUUAUUUUGAAAAUUAUUAAACCAUUAGAAUUUAUAAGGUCUAUGUAAUUAAGGGAAACUGACAAAUCCAGCAUUCGCCGUUGCGUUCAAGUUAGAGGCUCAAAAGUUGGACAAAGAACGCAGUGCCACUACCUCUGCGACUUCGAAAACGGAGCAGUUUUUUAGUAAACUCAAGGCUGACGGUAGCGAGACGAGUGUUUCCUCGCUUUUCAACAAAGAGGGCGAGUCACACCUAAGGAUAUGUGCCACUUGCCAUCAACUGCUGACUCGUCGUGAUCAGCAGCUCGAAAUGAACUCAGAACCACCGAUAAUGGUUCAAAUGUAUGAGAACAUGAGGUCUCUGAUGGCAGAAGUGUCGAAGCUAGUGCCCUCCUUUCACAGAAUGUGUGAAAGCCUAUGGGCAGGGCAGUCGUUGUACAAUCUAGAAAAUGCUCAAUCCUUGCGGGCCAAGUUGUCUUCCUUUCUCCAGCACAUCGAGUUCGUAAGUGACAAAAUAGCCAAACUUGAUGUGCCAAAUGACGAAAACUUUCCUCGAGUGUCAACCGCAGUCCUGCAGCGGAACAUCCGCUCUCACGUCAUGCACUUCAUCGAAAGCGCUACGCAGCAGAUGCCGUCAUUGCCGUCACAAAGCGAAUACCUAGAGCGGCGCGACCGUGCGAGGCAACUGCUCCAUGAUCAGCUUGAAAAGGAGCGCAGCGAAGUAAGAGUGUGGAAUGAUAAAAAUCCAGCGGCGACCGUCGACAAUGGUGAGGAAAGGCUAGUUUCUUAUCUUGACAGUCCUGGCGAAAGCGGGACAUUCGAUCGACGCGAAUCUGAAGGACUGUUGCAUGGAUUCUCAGCGACUGGUGACCACUCGAAUCUAUUUAUUGACAACGACGUGGUUGAUCCGCUGCAGGAACAGACGCUGUUGCUCAAGGAUUAUAUUCGUCAAGCCACUCUGGAAGGCAGACUAGACGUGGCUGAAUGUCUUGAAAGCAAUCUCAAAGAGUUGCUUCAAGAAAUCGAGAUGCAGCAACGGUCCUCAUGA